AUGGGGGUUCGUCGGAAGUCGGAGUCCGCUGUGCCGUUUAUGAUUUGUUAUUUAUUGAAUGCAGGGCAGGGUGCAUUUCGGCGAGCCGUUGGAGCGGGCUUGUCGGACUACAAAAAACUGGCUAGCCCAGAAAAAGGCCGACAGGACCUCAACCUCCGCUGCUGCCAAACGGUGCGCUUGGGAGUGGUCUCUCCUCCCGCCGCACCCCGCCCCGCGCCAAAACGACCCUCGUCCCACGAAGAAAACGACCAUGGUCCCACGGAGAAGCGACCCUCGUCCCGCGGAGAAGCGAUCCUCGUCCCGCGAAGAAGCGAUCCUCGUCCCGCGGAGAA